AUGUCCGAAAUCAAGAAGGAUCUCAAAGUCCUCAUCGUCGGGGCAGGCCCGUCGGGCCUCUUGCUUGCUCUGUUGCUGGGGCAGAAGGGCAUCGAAUCGACUAUUCUCGAGAAGUCACACGAGAUCGAUCGCAACCCACGGGCGAGUUUCUAUGCGUACCCGACCAUCCGAGAGCUGCGCCGGGCCGGCCUCAUGGAGGAUAUCAUGAAGGACGCUUUUGUUCCUAGCGGUGUGACCUGGCGCCUCCUGGACGGCACGCCGAUCGCCAAAAUCCACCCCAGCAAUGAGGUCGGCCGAGAGACCAUGGUUUCCCUGCCACUUGACGAGCUGCUUCCUAUAAUGAACAUCCAUCUACAAAAGUGCGAAAGAUCAAAGCUUCUUCUCAACCACGAGGUGAUGGCGAUCGGCCAGGACGAAGACAAGGCCUGGGCCACCGUACAGACCCCCGAGGGCGAGAAGAGGUUUGAGGGUGACUACAUCGUCGGUUGCGAUGGAGGCAAUAGCAAGAUUCGCAGGGAGCUCUUUGGAGGCGAGUUCCCAGGCUUCACCUGGGAUAAGCAAAUCGUCGCGACGAACGUGUACUACCCCAAAUUCAAGGACUUCAAGUGGACAUCCUCAAACUUCCUCAUCGACAAGGACCAUUUCACCAUGAUCGCCCAAAUUGCCAAGGACGGCCUUCUACGGGUCACUUAUGGCGAAGAAGGCGGCUUAACCCGGGAAGAGAUGCAUGAGCGACUUGCCUGGAAAUACAAGACCAUCCUACCCGGUGCACCCGAGCCUGGUGAGUAUGAUGUCAAGUCUUUCAGCCCCUACAGAAUACACCAGAGGUGUGCGGAGAAGCUCCGGGUCGGGAGAUUCCUGUUGACGGCCGAUGCUGCCCACCUUUGCAAUCCUUUUGGCGGGAUGGGCCUGACCGGUGGCCUCGUCGAUGUCGGCAACUUGUUCGACUGCCUCUAUGGUAUUGCGACCGGGGAAGCAGACGAGGAUAUUCUGGACAAGUAUUCAGAGAUUCGAAUGCAGAAGUUCCACGACGUCAUCAGCCCCAUAUCGAGCGGCAAUAUUAGGAGACUUUGGGAUCCCAGCCCCGAGGCGAUCGCCAACGAACCAUUCUUCAACGCCGUCAAGGAGGCUGAGCAGAACGAACACUUGGCACAACAGAUGAAGACUGGCCUAAACAUCGUGAUGCACGACUUUACACAGUACUACAGGUCAAGAGCAGUAGCUUGA